AUGGCGAAGGUCAUCACUUAUUUUUCCACGAGGGCGAGCGGCCUUGCCAGCGCUGUUGUGCCACGAUUGAACACAACAUGGAGGUAUGCUAGAGCUGAACUUCGACCCCCGACCUUUAGCGAGUUCCCAGAGAUAGGACUGGGCAUCAAGAAACUGAUACACUCAGCUCGCACCCAGGGCUACAGGAAUCUGACCAUCAGGGAGGCCUGGCUAAACACUUUGGUUGGAGCAGAGAUCGCAUUCUGGUUCUUUGCUGGUGAAUGUAUCGGCAAGGGAAGUGUUGUGGGCUACGACAUCCCCGGAGCUGUUAACUGGGAACUCCAAUUCUAG